AUGUGGAAGCUCGUCGCUCUUUUCGCAUUGACCAUUUCAGCCUCGGCCCUCGUGCUCCCGGCUCAACGCGGAGCUCCGCAACUUUCGGGCCAGUCCCUCAUCGAUUAUGUGAAUUCGGCCCAAAAACUGUGGACCGCCGGACAUCAGGAGAUCCCGAAGGAGAAGAUCCAGAAGAAACUGAUGGAUGUGCAGUACUUGGUGCCGCACAAGGACGAGGAUAUUGUCGCCACACAAGUCUUGGACUCAAUCCCGGACACUUUUGAUGCGAGACAAAAGUGGGCCAGCUGUGUCUCCAUUGAUAAUAUCAGGUGAGUGCGAUUCCACAAGUGAAAAUAUGCAGAAACUUUUCGAAUAUUCGAGAAUCAUCCUCAAAAUGACAUUUUCAGAGACCAGUCGGACUGUGGAUCGUGUUGGGCGUUCGCCGCCGCCGAGGCCAUCUCCGACAGAACGUGCAUUCAUUCGAACGGAGCCGUGAACACGCUUCUCUCCUCCGAAGACCUUCUCUCCUGCUGCGUCGGACUCCUUUCCUGCGGAAAUGGGUUGGUGGUUUUUUGUGAAUUUAGAGUCUUACUAUUAUUAGGCUCUUUCACAUCAAUUGGGUACGCAUUUUCAGUGUCUAGGGGAGUUAAUAAGAUUAUAGUGAAAGUUAGCAACUGAUAAGACAUUUCAAUUUUAUCUUGUCUAAAAUUUGGCGGCUGAUGCAAACUUUCCAAAUCGGCUGAUAAAGAAUGUGCUCUAUUCAUCAGCAAUCUUUCGGACAAUUUGAACAACUUACUCUAAAAACCCCUCAUAUAUUUGGACACCUAUAUCUCGAGAUUCAAAGUUUAUUUCAAAAAGUGGUCAACUGAAGAGUUGUUGCAAAUGUUAUGCUGAACAACUUUAUAAUUGAUCAUUUUACUGCAAAACCACUCAUUCUUAAGUUAUAUCCUUGCUCCUGAAUAGUAUUUUCAAAGACGACAACAAUUCUUCGAAGCCCUAAAUUAGACCAGCCUAAAAACCAGUCUUUAAAAACAUUUUUCACUGUUUUUUGUGUCUUCAGAUGCCAAGGAGGAUACCCGAUCCAAGCGUGGAAGUGGUGGGUGAAGCACGGUCUCGUGACCGGAGGAUCCUACGAAUCACAGUUCGGAUGCAAGCCCUACUCGAUCGCCCCGUGCGGCGAGACCGUCGGAAACGUGACGUGGCCGGCGUGCCCGGAUGACGAGUACCCGACUCCGCAGUGCGUCGAUCAGUGCACUUCCAAGAACAACUAUCCGACCGCCUAUCUUCAGGACAAACACUUUGGUCAGUUUUCUCGUGACAUUUCUCGGAAGUUUGAAGGAAACCUGAAAAACUUCUGAUCUAGGGAAGUUUUUGUGAUUUUCUCGGGAAAAUCUCUUUUGUCUGGAAGUUCCCGAAAACAAAAUCCCUUCUUUUUUUCAGGAUCGACCGCAUACGCAGUAGGAAAGAAGGUCGAGCAACUGCAAACGGAGAUCUUGACGAAUGGACCGAUCGAGGUGGCGUUCACAGUCUACGAGGACUUCUACCAGUACAAGACGGGAAUCUACGUGCACACGGCCGGAGCAUCGCUCGGAGGACACGCCGUGAAGAUCCUCGGAUGGGGAUCCGAGAACGGAACCCCGUACUGGCUGGUCGCCAACUCGUGGAACGUCAACUGGGGAGAGAACGGGUACUUCCGCAUCCUCCGUGGCGUCAACGAGUGCGGAAUCGAGCACUCCGCCGUCGCCGGAAUCCCAGACUUGACCAGAAAGAACUAG